UCUCUGCAUCUGUCACCACUCAUGGCCACAGAAGUCCACAGAAAUGGAAGCCUCUCAGCAGUGUCCCUGCGGGUGUUUGUGCUGGUAGGUUUUGGGGGAGGUGCAGAGAUCCAGGCCCUGCUCUUUGUUGUCUUCCUGGUCCUGUACGUAGUGACCGCCCUGGGCAACCUCACCAUGAUCGUGGUCAUCACCUUGGAUGCCCGCCUGCACUCCCCCAUGUACUUCUUCCUCAAGAACCUGUCCUUUGUUGAUCUCUGUUACUCCUCUGCCAUUGCCCCUAAUGCCCUGGCCAACUUCCUCUCCACCUCCAAAGUCAUCAGCUUUGAGGCUUGUGCCACUCAGUUCUUUUUUUUCUCCUUGUUGGCUACCACAGAGACUUUCCUCUUAGCUGUGAUGGCCUAUGACCGUUUCAUGGCCAUCUGCAGUCCCCUGAGGUACCCUGUGACCAUGUGCCCUAUGAACUGUGCCCGUCUGGUCCUGGGCACCUACUGUGUGGGCUGCCUGAACUCCAUUGUGCAGACCAGCCUCACGUUCCAGCUGCCCUUCUGCAGCUCCAACCGCAUUGACCACUUCUACUGUGAUGUGCCCCCACUGCUCCAGCUGGCCUGUGCCAGCACCGCUCUCAAUGAGCUCUUUCUCUUCGGCCUCUGUGGGUUCAUCAUUGUGAGCACCACCUUAGCUGUCCUGGUUUCCUAUGGCUACAUCACUGUGACCAUCCUCAGGAUGCACUCGGGAUCUGGGAGGCACAAGGUCUUCUCCACCUGUGGCUCUCACCUGACAGCCGUGUCUUUGUUUUAUGGGACUCUCUUUGUCAUGUAUGCACAGCCAGGAGCUGUGACAUCCAUGGAGCAGGGCAAGGUGGUCUCCAUCUUCUACACCCUGGUCAUCCCCAUGCUCAACCCUCUUAUCUACAGUCUGAGAAACAAGGAUGUGAAAGAUGCCCUGUGGAGGUUAGGACAGAGACACCACCUUGUGAGGGCAGUGAGAGGCUGUCCUGAGGUCAGAGGGAAUGCUUCUGUGUAGAUAACUAAGUGGUGAGAACCAGCCUUUUCUGUCCUCAAAAUAGAAAAGCAUGUGUGGGAUUCAUUUACCCAUUGGUAGUCUUCCUUUAAACUAUUUCACA